AUGUGUGGUAAUGCUCAACCUUUCGAGCUUAACUCGCGGCGCGAGGGUGAAUCGCGGUUCGGUUGGAUCGAUCGCCCCGGGCGACGCCCCGACGACAACCCGAAAGUCGCAAUCGUGAUAAUCAGAUUGACUACGGUCAUCGUCGACUCUUUCGCGACUUUAGAACUAAAGAGCAUAUUGAAUUCCAAAAGCGAGCGUCAAAUUUGGAUCACGAGCGUGGCGGACUUCCUGAGGUUUCUCUCCAUUCAGAGACACGACUACGUCACGGAAACGGUUUCGGAGGCUCACAGGACGUGGCUGCAGAAGAUAUUCGCCUCGCCGGACCCCGCGGCCCGACCGCAUCUGAUCAAGUAUUCGGUCGGCAAAAUGGCCUCUCUGGUCAAAUAUUGGAUGAGACAAUCGACCGAGACGGGAGACGACGAGUGCGACAAGUUGAUCAGAUGCUUCUGGCAAAACUUUGGAGCGACCGUCGUCGCGCAGAUAGACGCCGUCUCGACGUCCGACGACGACGUCGCCGCUCUGCUGAACCUGCACACGAUAGCCUUCGAGUCGUUGAGCGCCGGAGACGGAAGGAGCGAGAAGGCGUUGCGCUUCGACGACGAACCGGCGCCCGAGAGACGCGACGCGGGCCCCGAGGACGAGGUGGUCGCGGAGCGCUUCGCGCGCGGAGUCACCGAACUCCUGAGCGUCGGCUGCCGCGCGUGGCUGGACUGCGCGGAGAGUAGGGAGCUCCGCGCCGUCUUCCCGCCGCUGGUUUCGGCGCUGCGCCGGCUGGGCGACGAGAGGUUGUUCGUCGAGGUGGCACGGGCGAAGGUCGGCGGAGGCCCCUACGCGUUGUACGAGCGGCUCUGGCGCGACUGGCUCCGCGGGGAGACCCUGCGGUGCCGCGCACUCGUGCAGCUGCUGUUUCUCACCGCGACCCAUUUCACCGACCGUGAACUGGAACUCGCGUACGACUCUUUCGACGGGAUGUCGCCGGUCGUAGUGGAGUGGAUCAUCUCGUCGUCGCUGGAGCUGCGCCGACGGGCGGCCGGCGAGUGGCUGCGGGGUCGUCUCGUGGCCGCGACGCUGGUCUCGCUGAGUCGCCGUCGACGACCCGACGCGGACCGACUCGUGCUGGACUGCAUCGAGCCUCGCGACGGAGAGGUGCGCGUGAGCGAGGAGGCCGUCGCCGGGGUGGUGCGGGCGCUGAGCGAGCCGCCCGUGCGCCGUCGGGCCGCCGCCGACGUCUGCCGGACCCUGGCCGGCACCGAGCGCGCGUCCGUCGCGAUUCCUCUCGCCGAGCUGCUCUUCGACUGCAGCCUCGAUACGGUCGUCAGAGACGGAGACGGGGGUCCCGCGGAGGGCGACGAGCUCGAAGAGAGCGGAGAAGAGGGCGAAGGCUGGCGCAGCCUCUGCGGGCCUCGCCUCGCGGCGCACGCGCGGCGUCGCCUACACGCUUUGCUGGUGAACACAGACGAGAACCUCGACGCGGCCCGAAUAGAGCGCUGGGUGUCCCUCUGCCCGCCUCUGCUCGCGGCCGGCGACCUCGUGGAGACGGCGAAGGGUCUGUUCGCCGUGGACGUCGAGAGGUCGACGAGAACGGUGGACGCCUUCGCCCUUCGCGCGGAUUUCGUCUCCGGCCGCCUGUUCUGUCCCGGCGGGGACGAACGAACCCGAGGUCUCUCGGAAAUCGUCGAAAGGGAGGAGACGGAGGACUGGAGGGACCCCGAGUCGCGGGACGUUGUUCCGUUCGUUCGGGCGCUCGUCUUUCGCUCGGGUCUGUUGCGCGAAAUGCUGAGAUGCCGGAGCGUGCAGGCGGAGGCGCCGACCGGAGAGUACAUCCGAGAGGCGUUCGCGGAAGUCUUGCACGGCGCGGCCUCACUGGGCUCCUUCUGCGAGGGAUACGUUCACGCCCCGUUCUACGAAAGCGUGAAACGCUGCAAGGAACGGGUGGACGCCGCGAUCGACGAAGCGAUCUCGCUGCUUCGGGAGGAGGACGCGAAGGUGUUGGCGGAGUCUUUGACACGACGGGCCUUCGACGCCGGCUACUACUGGGCCUUCGCCCGCGUCCUGUACCUCGACAGGACGAGGACGAAGGGGAUCGAGGGGGGUCCGGGACGAGCCCGGCGGAGACGCGGGUUCCGACGGGGCCGUCUUAGACCCGCUUUUGCUGGACAAGAUCGUGACUCGCAGUGGCUUUUUCCACGUGAUACAGGUCUGUCUCCGGUUGUAUUCUUCGAACGUGUUCAAGGCGGAGUGCGAGGACGGUACUUGGCGGCGAUCCGAGGCUGGUACUUGGCGCAGGGCUUCGCCUCCGAUCGCGCCGCCUCGGAGCGCAAAGAGCUGUUCGUGCGCAAGCUGGCCUCCGCGCUGGCGUCGUCCGGCCUCGAGCCCCUCAUGGACGACUACUACAAGUACUGCGACAAGAUGUUCAACGACAGAGACUACUGGAAGGUGCCCUGGAGCGUCGUGAGCUGCGAGAUCGCCGUGCUGGAUCUGCUGCGCGAGGCGGUGGAGGCCGACGCCUGGGAACUGGACGCCGCCACCUGGGACUUCGCCAACAUCGCGCUCUGCUCGGCGCUCGCCUCUCUGGCCGGAACGCCCUCCGACCUCCUACCUCGCAGUAAAGUGGCCGCGGCGGGUCGAGCCGCCCUCGGGCUCUUCGCGAGCGUGGCCGGAUUCGUGGAGAACGUCCGAGCCGAGAGCGAGCGCCGCCGGCCGAGCGCCCACGUCGCGUCGCUGCCCGGCGAGUGGCGGGACAUCUUCGCCCCGGCCGCCCACACCGACGUUCUGACGCUGCAGGCUCGAAUCCUCGAGCGCGCCGUCGCGCCGGGCCGAGGCCGACCGUCGGCGGGCGAGGCGGCGCUGACGGACGCGGCGGCGGCGGCGCUUCCCUUCGUCCGCUGGGAGCUGGCGCCGGCGGCGCGACGAGACGCCGACCUGUCGCUGGUGAGGCUGACCGGCACCGCGCUCGAGGCGCUGUCGCGCGACUCGUCGGCGCCGGUCCACCGCUUGGCCUACGCCGCGCUCGCGACUCUCGCCAAGCCGCUCGUGCUCGAAGACGUGGCAAAGUUGAAAUCGGCCAGCGAGCGAGAGAGCGACGAAGAGGACGUGAAGGUCUCCCUCUCGCUCAAACCCUACUUGACGGCUCUGAAGCGACGCGCGCCCGACCUGUUGCCGGCCGACGGGUGUUCCGACGAGGAGCCCCCGGCCGAGUGGUGGGGCGGCGCCCGCGGGUUUCUCCUGACGGCGCUGGCCGCCCUCCGCCACGCCGAUCUCGCGGGACGAGAUCUCGUCCACCACUACGUGGAAUGCCUCGGGGACAGCGAGACGAUCGGGGACGUCCUGACCGUGGCCGGGCGGGCGCUCCCGGCGGAGGCGAGGCGCGCCUCGGGCCCCGACGGAGGAGCUCUGCCGCCCCGAGUCGCCGACUAUUUCACCUCGGACCCUCCUCUCGCCGGCCCGGGUCUCUCGGCCGACGCCGACGAGCGGACGACCGCGGGGCGCGUGGCCUGCCGCGUCGUGACGUGCGCGGCGAGGAGCGCCGGGGCGGCCGUGAGGGCCCACUGGAGCGCGUCGAGUCCCCGGAGCGCCGACGCUCUUCGGCGCCUCGUCGCGCUCGCGGUCGCGCCGUCGCUGAUCGAGGAGCAGCUGCGGCGCCUCAAGGAGCGCGCCCGGGAGGACCUGGAGGACGUUGAGGUGACGGUGUCGCGCGCCGGCGGCCAGGGCGAGGUGCGGGCGCGGGCGCGCGUGGAGGAGCGCUGGGCGGAGGUGACGGUGACUCUGAGCGCCGCGCACCCUCUGGAGCCGCCCCGCGUCGAGGCGCCGCCGCAGCGUUCGCCGGCCGCUUCGCAGUUGCACUGGGUGCGCGUGUACCUGGCUUACCAGAACGGCUGGCUCGUGACGGCGCUGCGCCUGUGGAGCGAGGCCCUGCGCUGCCGCGUGGACGCCGCGGCGCAGUGCUACAUCUGCUACUGCCGCCUGCACCCGACCACCGCGCGGCUGCCCAACGUGCCCUGCCACACCUGCAACAACCGCUUCCACUCGGCCUGUCUCCGCAAAUGGUUCAAAACUAGUAAGAAGUCCAACUGUCCACUGUGUAGAACAGUGUUCUAG